AUGUUUGAACACGGCCUUCCUUCUACGACCCCAAAAUAUGAGUUUAAGGGAAUUGAGGAUGCUCUUCAAAUUCUAGACCAGGAACUGGAGCGACAUAGACAGGAUACAGAGUUAUCUAACCCUUAUACUAUUUUUAUUAUGGAUGAGCGUUCCUUCCUUGAUAAUAUGAAUGUUGAAGAAAAUCUGUUCGCACAAUCAUGCGAGAGCUACGACCCUUCCAUUGGCCAUGCUCUUAUCAGACUCGAGACUGGAGCACAUUCAGUGGCAAUCGGUUCUUUCUUCGGCAUGGUCGAAUGUUGGAAUUAA